GUAAGUGAGACCUAGCACUGGUAGCAAGCUAACUAAUAAUAUUAUUAAUAAGCUAAAGUAUUUUUAAAAUGAUUUUAUACUUGUAAAUGCAAUAUAUCUGUUUUUCUGCUGGAUAAAACUAUAUUCUUUUCAAAAAAAAAAAAAAAAAUCAACGCGCCUUACCAGUACUUCGAGAAAAUCAUGGGACACUCAAUAGAGACAGAAAAAUGUAAUAAAAUAUAUUAGAUAUUCGAUAGUAUACUUUAUCAUCUUCACCUCGAAUGCUCCGAUAAACCUGUAUUGACGAUACUGCAUGUCAUUAUUUAUAAUCUCAUUUAACAAAAUGGCGCAAAGCUCACAAGAUUUUAACCGCAGUGCCUUGACUAUUUCAAAUAAUCGGGCGUGUUAUACGGGUCAACGAACCACGAGAAUACCCCGAGGUUUGAUUAAAAUAGUGGGAAUAAAUUGUCAAAGUCUCGAUCUUUCUUAUAAUGAACUGACAUCAAUAUCUGCUUUAAAAGACUACAAUAAUCUUCAGGAAUUAAUUUUAGAUAACAAUAAAUUGUAUGAUUUAAAUACAUUGCCACCAAUUAAUGGAUUAACGACAAUUAGUUUAAAUAAUAAUGAGAUAGUUGAUAUAGACUUAGCGUUGGAGAAAAUAAGUAGUUGUUGUCCAAAUGUCAAAUACGUGAGUCUGCUGGGGAAUCCGGGUUACCCCGAUCAGCUCACGGAUCCUGUCAACAACGACGAGGCUGACUAUGAUCGUUACAGACUGUACGCAAUUCACAUUUUACCAGACUCUCUUCGCUUUCUCGAUUUUCGGCCAGUCACACAAAUCGAGAGAAAAGAUGCAAGCAAUCGAGGUCGUUUUAUGCGGACUAUUAAACUAAAUAUGCCUCUUUCUUCACUUACUUCUACACCUUUUCUUCCACUUAAUAUUCCUACUUCAUAUUCUUCGACAUGUUUGCCUGUUGCUACUGCACCCACACCUCCUGGCACUUGUUCAUCCAUAACUCGUCAUUUCAAACCAACUACUUAUCAAGACGUUGUUUUGGAUCCUAAUUACUCACCAUUACCAACUACAACACGUAGUCCAAGUGAUCAUAAAGGAGCUUACGGGAAAUGUCGGUAUCGAUAUUCAGGAAAAAAUUCAGAAGGAAAUCGUUUUAUUAUAAAUAGUGAUUUAUAAUAAUUACAAAAAACAAAAAUAUAUAUUUUUAUAAUCAUGUAAAAAAAUUGGAUUUAUUAUUUAGCCAGCUUUUACUGAAUAAAAUUUAUAU